CAAAUGUACAACGUUUCGACAAGAUUUUGUCAUCAUCAGGUCACUUGAAGUUCUUUAGCAAUCGUAAUUAUACGCUAGAAGUAGAAACAUUGUAUUGAGAGAAUGGGUAUAACACUAGUAACAGGUGUUAAGAACGAGGAACCCCUAAUUUAAGGUAUAAAGACUGCUACUGAGUGCUAGCGAAACACUUGGAACGGUUAACAUUUACAUUAAAUAUCAGUCAUUUUACAACCUAAUAGCCAAUUUCACGGUGCAUGUAUUUGGGUGAAGUGACGUAAAUUAAAAUACUUUGUAAAGGGUGAAGAAUUGUGCAAAAGCCAUGGAACUAGCUAAAGAACUAUUUACUAUACCCUUGAUUUUGACUCCUGAAGACCUUGCAAGUCCCAGUACUGAUACUGAUGUAUUGUUAGGGAUGACACACUUUCUGUAUUACAUGAAAGAGGACAGUCCAGAAUACCGGACAAUUGUAACUGGGCCCAAAAACAAUUUCCACAUUUUUCAUGCAGAACUUUACUGCCUACGUUCCGUCAACUUAGAAGACGCAGGAUCACAUGUGGGGAGUAAACUGUGAAGGUCUAUAACGUAAAAAAUGUAAAUGUCAGUAUAAUACCACAAGAAACUUGUGGAAAGACUGUAGAGUUCUCGGGUGGAAUUAUUUUGUUGACGUGAAUAAAGCUGAACAAGGAAACAUAGAGAUCACAGACUGUGCACAGGAGCAACACACUGAAACCGAAGUUCACUGGAAAAUGCCAAAUUUGGUGUAUCGUUUGUUUCAGCAGAGUCCAUAGAACACACCAUCAGUGUCUUCUUUGACAGAGAUCCAGUCUCAGGCAAGUCUUUCUCACAGGAAGUCCUUUUAAGAUAAUGUUUCAUGAAAUGAGUAAAGCAUGUAUAACUGGAUCUUCAUUGGUUGCCGCUUGUGUUAACAAAACAGCAACUUUUAUGAUUCAGGACUUUUCUGGAUCUGUAGAGGAUCUGAAAAUUUGUAUUGAGGAUCCCUAUGGACAGUCAUUACCAUUUACUAUUAAGGAAAGUAGCCCAAGAAACUACAAGGUGCACUUUAAACCUGAAGUCAUAGGAGAACACAGAAUUUUACUAGAUUAUUUUGACAUUUCUAUAAGUGGUAGCUCUUUUAUCAGUAAGGUUUAUGAUAUCAGCAAAAUUAAAGUCAGUGAAAUCAGAUUUGGACUUGUAGGAAAGCCAGUCACAUUUCUAGUGGAUACAGCAAAUGCUGGCCCAGGAAACCUAGAAGUAAUGAUCAAUGAUGGACUUGUCGAAACAUUUGCUCAUGCUGAAUCGUUGUCUCGUUACAUUGUUUCUUUUCACCCACGGGAUGAACAGACUCAUUUCAUUGACAUCAAGUUUAAUGGAGAGCCUGUUUUGGGAAGCCCAUUUGAAUGCUUAAUCAUUAACCCUGAGAGCUUGUCCAAAGUGCAAAUCAUUGACGAUGGUCUUCAAAGAGUUCCUGUGAAUUUUCCUGCAACAUUUAACAUUAACACACAUGGGGUUAACGUGGGCCAACCCCAUGUCACUGUCAUAGGUCCGAACCAACAGGAACUUGAGUAUACCCUCACUGGUCACUAUGAAAAUGGAUAUAGUGUGGAGUAUACACCAGUGGAAGUGGGAGACCAUACCAUAGAUAUCAGAAUGGCUGAUCAGUUUAUUGGACAAAGUCCUUACCUGGUGAAGGUUUUCGACUCUACCAAAGUCAAAGUUACAGAUGUAGGAAAAGGAGUUGUGGGUAAACCUGUCUAUUUCAGCAUUGAUGCCAGUGAAGCUGGAGCUGGGAACCUGGAAAUAAGUGUUUCAGUGGAAGGAAAGAAUGUGCCAAACUAUGUACAGUCUGAAGGAAAUGCACAGUUUAGGGUGAACUUUAAACCUUCAGAUCCACAAACACACAUGUUAAGUGUGAAGUUUAAUAAACAGCAUGUGCCAGGAAGUCCCUUUUACAUAAAGAUGAUGAACAGUUCCCAGCCUUUAGUGUCUGGGACUUCUUUGAAAAUGACUUCUGUUUCACGUGGAGCCAAUUUCACUGUAGACACACAUGGACAAGAAAAUAUGAAGUGUGACGUAGAGGUGACUGCUCCUUCAGGUAAAACACUUCCUGUAGACAUCAAAGCCUCUUCUUAUACAACCUUUAAUGUGUAUUUUUCAACAUCUGAAGUUGGACCCCAUUUGGUGACAGUUAUGUUAGAUGGUAUGUCUGUACCUGGCAGUCCCUUUACUUGUAAUGUGUAUGAUGCCACCAAGGUCAGAGUGACCAACCUCUUGCCAGGAGUAGUUGGGAAAUCUGUAACAUUUCAAGUCGAUGCAUCUCAAGCUGGAGAGGGUACUCUAGAGCUCAUAAUUACAACCCACAAGUCUUCUGUCCAUGCAGAAGUUGCAACAAGACGUCGAGGUGUAUAUGAUGUGACUUUUGUACCACAAGAGGAAGUUCCACACUAUGUUAAUAUAUCUUUCAAUGAAGAAGAUAUUCCAGGAACUCCACAUAAGAUAGAGAUAAAGGACGUACAUGAACUGGAUAGCACUUCAAAUACUACAGCUACAAGUUAUGAGAGUAGUGGAACAAGACUGAUUACAAAUGGAGAUGUACUAGAUUCAACAACUGCAGCAACAAAUUACAAGAGGAUUGGAACAACGUUGAUUACUAAGGGAGAUGGCCUAAAUUAUGGACUGGUGGGCUCCUUCAACACAUUUGAAAUUGAUACAAAAGACAUUAACUCAGAUGUUGAUGUACGUGUUACAGGACCUAUGGAUAUGCCUGUCCAAAGUUCUGUUGUUCAAACUGGAGAUAGCACUUAUCUUGUACAAUAUCAUGCUCAAGUAGUAGGUACUUACAGAAUAGAUGUUCUACACAAAGGUAUUCCUGUUACUAGAAAACCAUAUGUGGUACAUGUCUGUGACCCCAACCAGGUCAGAAUUGUAGACCUUGAUGACGGUGUGUUAAACAGAGUGCAAAAGUUCAAAGUGGAUACUUCUAGAGCAGGCCUAGGUCAAGUAUCUGUUACUAUAACUGUCAAUAAUCAAAGAGUUCAACAUGCAGUGCAAGAGAUCAGUCAGGGGAUUCAUCUUGUGACUUAUACACCACAAUCAGAUCAUACUCACAAGAUUGAAGUGCUUUUCAAUGGUCAUUUAACUCCAGGUUGUCCUCGGAUCGUACAAGUACGAGACCCAUCCCAGUCAGUUAUAGCCUAUGGAAGUGGGCUCAAGUGUGUUUCUCUUCAUAGUGAUGCUACAUUUGUAAUAGAAACUGGUGGGGCUAUUGCUGCCAAUGAGUUUGAUAUUUUUAUUUUAAGCCCCAGAGGUUUUCCUUUACCUGUCAAGUGCUACCAGCAGAAAGAUGGAAAUUUAUUGGCCGAGUGGACACCUGAUUCUUAUGGUGAACAUAAGAUAGAUAUUCUUUAUAUGGAUGCACCAAUAGAUGGUUCUCCCUAUACCUGCCAAGUGUUUGAUUCCACUAAAGUAGUGAUACAGAAGACAAAAAAUGCUGUUUUUUUGGUUGACAAAAAAAUUUCAUUUACUGUAAGUCGACAAGAGGCUGGGCAUGCUGAACUUGAUGCAACUGUCCUUAGUCCUUUGGGUCACCACACACCAAUAGAAGUGAAAGGAGCUGAAGAAGAUGAAGAAGCAGUAAUAGAAUUCAUGCCAACAAUCCCAGGGAAAUAUAAAGUAGGAAUUACAUAUGGUGGGGUAGAUGUACCAGGAAGUCCAGUAACCUUCAUUGUUCAGGAAAAAGGUACCCCUAAAGUGGAAGGAAACGGGUUGGUGGUAGCCUGUGUGAAUGUUACUGCAACAUUCGUAGUCAAUGCUCAUGGUCUGAGUGGCAGACCUAAUGUACGAAUAGAAGGUCCUGAGAGAGAAGCUGAGUGUUCCAUAGACGAAGAAGAGGAUGGAGUCUUCAUAGUAAGCUACAUUCCCGAAGAAGUUGGAGUCUUUGAUGUUAGAAUCCUCUGGAAUAGUCAAGAACUUCCUGCAAGCCCCUAUCAUCCUCGAGUGGUUGACCCACAGAAAGUAAGAGCAAUAGGUGGCUGGGAGACGUUGUUGGAUGAAGAUGGUCGUAUAAGUUUGAUUGCUGGCGAGGAGAAAAAGAUACCUUUUGAUGCCACUGAUGCUGGACCUGGCAUAUUGAAAGUUGAACUUCUUGGGCAAGAAUGCAUGGUAGAACAUCAAGUAAAACAAAUUAAUAACCAUCGUUAUAUGUUACAUUUUACACCACCCGUUCCAGGACAAUACUAUUUAUAUCUCUAUUAUGCUGACAUCCCUCUUCCUAAGUCGCCAUAUCUUGCCUUUGCAAAGGCAGGCCAGCCAGUUCUAGAUCACACACGAGUAAUCUUACGUGGCCACGGACUUAAAGGUGGCAAGGUUGGGGAAGAAGCUCAGUUUUGUAUAGAUGGCUUGGAAGCUGGCCCAGGGUCACCGGAGGUCAAGUUGAGUGGGGUCAAAGCUGACAUUCAAGUAAGACUAUUACCUCAAGGAAAUAAUGCCUACAAGGCAGUGUACACACCUACAGUUCCAGGUACUUACCUGCUCGAUAUUACCUGGUCAGGCAGACAGAUCAAAGGCUGUCCAUUCAAAGUAGCUGUAGCUGCAAGUUGUGAUAAUACAAAAGUUAUCUGUUCAGGAGAUGGACUGAGAGAAGGCACAGUCGGCAAGGAGAUUAAAGCCUUUAUUGAUGCUCGUAAAGCAGGACCAGGAGAACUGACAGCACAGUGCCUGGGGCCGUUCAAGGCAGCGUAUUGUGAACUGUGUGACCACAGAGAUGGAACAUUUAGCCUUUACCUCAGACCUCAAGAAGGGGGACGUCAUGUCUUAACCAUCAAAUAUGGAGGUUCACAUGUGCCUGGGAGCCCAUUUUCUGUGAGCAUUGCUGGACCUCCUGAUGCUUCAAAGGUGCAAGUAUAUGGACCAGGGGUGGAACCUGGUGUACUAGCAUUGUACCAGGGUAGAUUUAUAUGUGAUACCAGAGGAGCUGGAGCUGGUCAGUUGACAGUCAGAGUACGAGGUCCUAAAGGAGCAUUUAGAGUUGAAAUGUGGAGAGAGAGCCAGAAAGACAGGACAAUUCAUUGUAAUUACAACCCCACUGAACCAGGUUUUUAUCAGCUGGAAGUGAAGUGGUCAGGAGAGCAUGUCCCGGGGUCUCCUUUCACAGUGAUGAUUUUUGACACUCAAGAAGAAGUGAUUCAAUAUCUACAAGGCCAUCAUAUAAUUGACUCUCUAUUGUCAGCAGACUAUUUUGGUGGAAGCAUGAUUUCCAGUACAGGGUUUGGACAGAUGUCGUGGCAUGGAUCCGUAACCGAGCUGUGAACUGAUCAUGUAGUUGACCAGUUGUUAUGUAACUUUCACCAGUAGCUCCAAAGGUGAAUAAAUAACAUAAGUGUAUUAAUAAAUAGUGAUGAAAUCUAAAUAUAAAUUAGGGACUUUGUAUAGAAAAAGGUUAAGAAUUUUAUCAAAGUUUGUAAUAUUCAUCAAAGUGCUUAUAUUGCAAUCUUAAAUCCAUCUGGGAGUAAAAUCAAUUUGUCUUACAUGUUACUAAGUUGGUAAACUACUAAAUAUUGCUGUAUUCAUGAAACUCCAAAGAGUAGUAUGUACUUGUUUCCUUAUAGUUAGUUUGUUUUAAUACAAUGAUGCCAUUUUUGUUAUUGUUGUCAUUAUUGUUGAUAUUGUCAUAAUUAGCAACAAUAAUGAAUUGAGUACAGCACAUGUUGAGAAGGAUGCUAAUGCGCUGGACUCAAGAGUUAAGAUUUUUCUUUGUUCCCAUAAUUAUAUUUGUGUAUUAUUUGUUAUUGUUAUAUUUGUGUAUUAUUCGUUAUUUUUCAUAAACUCCAUGCCACCUUUUUUAUACUUCUUCAAUAUAUGGACUAUGUGUUAAUUACAGAUACACAAUUAACUGUCAGUUCUGUCUAUUCUUUAAUGCGUGUUUUAAAGCUCAGAGACAGUUAACCUUUUAUCAUCAUAUAUUUUCCGUGCAAUACGUGAUGGGAAAAAAAACCUUCCAUGGAUGAUAAAGGAUUAAUAGGAGUUUGAAGGAUUUUUAUAUAUUGAUUUUUUUUUAUGUGAAUUUUUUUAUCACUCUUUUAAAACCUACAAUGAAUAUCAGAACUUUUUUUCCAAGGCUUCCGAUAUCUCUACGGGAUACGUGAGAAUUGUUUGUAUAUUUUCUUUGCUAAACCUUAAAAAAUUGCUUUUCUUUUUCAACAAAAGUGAAUAAAAACUUCUAAGCAUAUUUCCAUUACCAUCCAUAAUUUUGUGCAAUAAACGACAAA